AAAACAGUAAGAAAAUACGUAACAUCCACCGAUAGUGCACAAUAGUAAUGGAUUUAUCAGCUUCAUCCUCGAAUAAUUCGUUGUUGCAAACCCCUGAUCCGAAGAACAAAUCAUCCUUUAUUGGCGACGGUACAUUAUAUGACAGUGCAUUGGAUCAUCAACUAUCCACAACGGCAUUUAAAUCGUGUAACGAAAGCCUCAUCGCUGAUAUGAAUCAGAGCUCAGAACAUUCAAAAUUCGCACAAAAAAUGUCAGAUGCCGAGGAUUAUUCGAAUGGCAACGGCAGCGAAACUGAUGCAUCUCUUAAUUCCUAUGCUCCUCUGGCACAAACAAAUAAUACAGCAGCGAUUAACGCCAGCAUGUUGUUGAUACAAUCCGAGAGCACUGAUACGAAUACCUCGCAGGAGGAAGUGGACCCAAAGUCUCAGCUGGCCAACAAGACAAUAUUUAAGACCGAUAAUCCCAAUUUGUCAAUUAUAGAAAUUAACGAAAACUCUAUUAAAGUGGAAGACCUGGAGAAAAAGGUUGUACUGAUCGAAAGUCUCUCAAGUGAAGAUAACGAUGAGGCAGUCGAAAAAGUGAAGAAUAUACUCAGAAAAUCACCCAAUAAAGCUGUGGAUAAUACUGUGGAUAAACGUCGACGCAAGGCAGAAUCUCUUCUGCAAACUAGCAAGCAAAAACUGGAUAUAUCUAUAGCCGAAGCAUCCGCAGCAGCCGAUGGUGGCAACGAGACAAAUUUGCAGCUAGCGGAGACCGCACCAGUUAGCGAUCACCCACAAACCAAACGCGAGAUUGUCAUCUAUGAUACUCUGGAGGAAUUUGAUCAAAAUUUGCCAUCGACUGUUACACUAUUGAAUACCCCGUUUGGCAGCAAGGUCUACCUUGUGGGCACGGCACACUUCAGUGAGGAAUCACAAGAUGAUGUGUCUUUUGUCAUUCGCAAUGUCCGUCCAGAUGUGGUCAUGGUUGAGCUAUGUCCAUCGCGUGUACACAUAUUGAAACUUGAUGAGAAAACACUGCUGGAGGAGGCAAAGAACAUCAACAUACCCAAGAUACGCGGCAUAAUUCAGACUCAUGGCUAUAUCAAUGGCAUCUUCUUCAUUUUGCUAUUACAAAUGAGUGCUCAGAUUGCCAAGGACCUGGGCAUGGCACCUGGUGGUGAAUUUCGACGCGCCUUCGAGGAAAUACACAAGUUGCCGGGCUGUAUUCUGCAUCUCGGUGAUCGUCCAAUACGCAUCACACUAUAUCGUGCUCUGCGCGCUUUAUCCUUGUGGCAGACCAUGAAGUUGGUCUGGCGUUUGACAUUUACGGAUAGCAUUAGCAUCGAGGAGGUAGAAGAAUGCAAGCAGCGUGACUUGUUGGAGAAACUUAUGCAAGAAAUGGCCGGCGAAUUUCCUGCGUUUUCCGAUGUGUUUGUGCGUGAACGUGAUCUAUAUUUGUGUCAUUCUCUGCAACUGGCAGCUCUGCCGCAAGCUGCACCUGGCGCCCAUCAGGUCCGUCCCGUACGUGUUGUUGGCGUUGUAGGCAUUGGUCAUGCCAACGGCAUUGCAAAAAUGUGGGGCGAAGUAGAUCCCGAAAAGAUUCCAGCCAUACUCGAAAUACCACAAGCGAGCCUUGGCCAACGGGUCUGCAAGAACACCUUCAAGUACGGUCUCAUUGGUCUCGGUCUUUUUGGCGUCUUUCGUAUUAUGAGGCCACGGCUGACGCGAUUCUUUUAAGUUGAUCGUGGACCAUGUUUUCAAUGUUGUUGAUUUUAUUCUCGUUUUUAAGUAAAACGCCCACACAAUUCGGUGGGUAUUGACAUAUUAUAAGUAUUGUACGAACUUGAUGCUUUUGAUAAAACCUGUUUACACACAACACACAAGUGUACAAAAAAACAAGAUACAAAACAAAAACAAAAGAAAGAAGAAAAGACAUUUCAACAUAUUCCUGGUUUUAAAAACCCAAUACAAUACUACUGAAAAGUACAGACAUACAAAUAUACAUUUAGAUACUUGGGUCUCGACUCAUAUUCUAUUGCAUACGGACUUGAUUAAUAUUGCUGUCCUGUCCCUGCAUAGUUGUUAGAACUGACACUACAUUUAUACACAAUCACACACAGAUCCCCGCAAAUAAUUAGUCAUGUGUUUUUGACCAGUUAGUUAGGCGCCCGAAUUGUAUGCACAUGGUUUCGCGACAAGCUUAAUUCUAGCUCAAAAAUAAACUUCAAUUGUUACUUGUAUAGUGUAUAACUUUAGCAUAACUCUAAAUGUGAAUGUGCCCCGUGCAGCAGAUCCAAUACUUUAUCUUCAACUCGACUCUCAUGUAUGUAACUGUUGUUCAUUCCGUAGAAAACAAAACUAAAAUUUAGAUAGUAUCGUUUAAAAUUAAGUGAAAACGUGAUGGACCUUCGACAUUGGAAGAAUGGCCGUGUGUUAAAUGUUACAUAUUAUAUUGAGGAAUUUUACAAUAAAACUAAAAACAAAAAAGAAAUCUACCUACACAAUACUUUAUUAAAAGAUUUUAAUUGUAAACGCAAAAACUGUAUUACAAAUACAAGCAAAUUGUCUUGACGCUGUGUAGUUUGUGCUAAUUUAGAACUGGUGUUAUGUAGCAUUUAAAAUAGUAUUCCACCCGAAAGAAACCUUUGUGUAUAACUGACUCAAAUAAAAGUUUACA